AUGCCUGAAAGUCAAGGGAAAGACAAUGAAAGCCACAUCAGCAGCAGUAGUUCCAGCACUAGCAAUUCAGUUGCUUGCUUCGGACAGUAUCAAUACACAGCAAGUGAAUAUCAAGCUAUCCAGCAUGCUCUUCGUCAGAGACUGGGUCCAGAAUAUAUCAGCAGUCGGCAAGCUGGAGGAGGACAAAAGGUCUGUUACAUUGAGGGUCACAAGGUAAUCAGUCUGGCCAAUGAGAUGUUUGGCUUCAAUGGCUGGGCUCAUUCAGUCACUCAGCAGAAUGUUGACUUUGUUGAUCUCAACAAUGGCAGAUUCUAUGUGGGGGUCUGUGCAUUUGUGAAAGUUCAGCUUAAGGAUGGAUCAUACCAUGAAGAUGUGGGGUAUGGAGUCAGUGAAGGCCUAAAGUCUAAGGCCUUGUCCCUCGAAAAGGCAAGAAAGGAGGCAGUAACAGAUGGACUGAAAAGGGCACUCAAGUGCUUUGGGAAUGCUCUUGGGAACUGCAUCCUAGACAAAGACUACCUACGAGCUGUGAAUAAGCUUCCACGUCAGCAGAUACCCUCUGAGCUAGAUUUGGUCACAGCUAAAAGACAGGACUAUGAGCCUGAAAUAGAGAAAGCAAGAUACAGUAGCUGUUUGGAAAGGCAGAACACAGGUGGGAGACAACAUUGUGAGAUGGCAUCUACCUGUAAGCCUGGUCAGAUAGAGGCUGCUGCAGUGGCAGUAGAUCAGAAGCAGCCAAAUAGUUCCAGAAAUACAGACUCCUUGGCUAUUGAGUGUGAUGCCACUUACCAGCGGAAACUGAGACAGAAGCAGCUACAGCAACAGUUCCGGGAACAGAUGGAGAAAAAGCAUCAGGUUCCAGUAGUUACUCCUAGCAGCAAACAGGCAACAUCCGAUCCUCCUGUAAAGCACAGCGCUCCAACAGCAGUACAACAGGAACUAGCAGUAGAAGAGGAGUUCUUCGCAGAUGAUCCUGAACUUUGGGAUGUUUCCUUGGAGACCAUUGAUCUAAAGAUAAUGGGUCACAAAAUGGCAGACCCAUCAGCUGGACCCCAGACACCUGAAACACCCUGUGGACGUCAUCAAAUGACUACUCGUAACAGGACACCUCACAGAAUGAAUUAUCCCAAAGCUUCUGCUAGGUCUGCACAAUUGCAGCCAGCUGCUACAAUCAUGAGCAACAGCAGCUGUGCCAGCCGGCACACCCCAGAGUGCAGCCCCCACACGAGAAGUCAAAGCUUGAAGAAAAGGAGGCUAGAACCUGCAUAG